AGGACGAGGAGCGGUAUCCGCUCGUCGAGUUCCGUACGUCGCAGGGGACGGAGAUUGUGCUCGUCGUCCGGGACGAGUUCCGCGUCGAGGAUAACGAAGGCAAGCUGCUUGCGCGGCGCGUGCAGGUGCCGCUCGUGUUGGCUUGGGCGAUGUCCAUCCACAAGAGCCAGGGUCAGACGAUCCAGCACGUCAAGAUCGAUCUGCGCAGCGUAUUCGAGAAAGGUCAGAGCUACGUCGCGCUAUCGCGCGCAGCGUCUUUAGAUGGGCUACAAGUACUAGGAUUCGAUCCCAAGAAGGUAAAGGCACAUCCUAAGGUCAUCGAGUGGAACACGACGUUAGAGACGCAUGCCGGCACGGACGCGACGUGACACUGGCAGAUGCUUCCGGUGAUAGGACACUACUUACUACGUGGAGCCCCCUUAUAGUCAAUAAUGUACAGGUAAUUCUGUAGCAUAGGAUC